UUGUUUCAGAAGGGUGGGUUGGUGAAACAACCACUACUAAUGUAAGCACUAGCGGCAUGCGUUAGGGAUAUUGAUAGACCGUAUGGUUAUUGUUUUUAUGCUUUGGACUACUAAGAGGAGGUUUGAUACGUGUUGUCUUCUUUUUCGGUAUCCACUUGUUUGGCUAACGAGUUCCGCCCCUUUUGGGUGCUUUUGUUUAAUUUGUUGUAGUUUUUCUUGUGGAAUACCGCGAGACAACUGUAAUCUCCAGUUUCCUUCGUAACAUGUCUGCAAAAGAGGACAGAGCAAUGGAGAUAUUGAAAGGUUUUAAACUAAACUGGAUGAACCUUCGGGAUGCAGAGACAGGGAAGGUACUUUGGCAGGGCACUGAAGAUCUCUCUCUACCUGGUGUGGAGCAUGAAGCUAGAGUCCCAAAGAAGAUUUUGAAGUGCAAGGCUGUUUCUAGGGAAUUGAACUUCUCCUCGGCAGAACAAAUGGAAAAAUUCCGUCUUGAGCAGAAAGUGUAUUUCAAAGGGCAAUGUUUGGAAGAAUGGUUCUUUGAAUUUGGAUUUGUGAUCCCAAAUUCUACAAACACGUGGCAAUCCUUAAUAGAAGCAGCACCUGAAUCACAGAUGAUGCCAGCUAGCGCUUUAACGUAUCUUUUGGAGUGGAAUGAAGGCGGGAACCACCAUUCAAAACUACACAAAAACAAAGAGAUUUGGCCCUUCAAGUUGGUUACCCAUCAGAAGUCAGAAACCCAGUCAUACAAGUCCUGAUACGUAAAAGAAUAAACUUCAGCUUAGACAAAAAAAAAAGAAUGUAAAAACUCACACUUACAUCUUUACUCCAUGUUUUGUUUCAGGUCAGAAUCAGGAGCCAGUCUCUCAUAGUUGUCUGUAUUACAAAAGAUGUUUGGUAGACAUUCCAUGGCUGCCAGUAUAUAGUUUACCUUGUUUGUGUUUCUGAGUCACCAGACAAACUGUUACCACAUUUAUUGAUUGCUUAGAUAAAUUGUACACCAUGUAUUCUGCUUUAUACCCUUGAAUCAUCUGCUUUGUGAUACACUAGUGACUGAACCUGUAUAUGUUGUCAAAAGUGUUCAGUGAUGCAUGCAAACCGUGGGGUUGGUAUAUGGAUUUUACAAUGUUUCAUUAAAGUUAGUUGCUGUUAAAAAUGUGUACUGUAGGAUCUCACAACAUCAGUCUAACCGCAGAAACUAAACACUCUUGUUUUUAAAACUUCCUAUAAGCAAUGUUGGACUGGUAAGCCCCUCCCACAUGCCUUUGUAAUGCAUCAACACUGAUCUGUCAUGCCUUAUAAGUGUCAGGUGAUGUAAGGGGUAUCAUGUGCUAAGUUGUUCAAAAACAAAAAAACAAAACAAACAAAUAAAAUAAAAUAUUUGAAAGAGGGAGCUUUAGAACAGGGAAAGUGUAAAUUACAUAGGAAUAAAUGGAAACGCUGGGAACAAUGCAUGCAGAAUAAUAAUCAGGAAGAGGAGGCAUGAGGUUUAGGGAAGGCAGGAAUUCAGCAAUUUAUAUAAUGUUGAGCUGAUGAUAAUU